CUUUCCCCCCUCAAAGGCAAAAAGAGCAGCGCAGCUUUGACGUCCAAGUUUGCGACAGGGAGCAACUCCCGCCCACUAACCAAGGCAGAACUUUGUGGCUGUUUCCCAAGAAGAAACAGCCAAUCAGCUUCGAAAUUUAUUUUGCUGUUCCACGCGCAACUUCCAAUCAAGCCUCGCUUCUCUUACUUUCUAACCAUUGGUUGACCAAGGGAACUUUUGUUGCCUAGCGACGCAGCAAAACGGUUCGUUUACGGAGAGAGAAGCGUGGAUCAGCAGCUGGGAUGCCAUGGAGGAGAUUGAGGAGGAGGAGGCCGCUAGUCCGAUACCCCAAGAUCCUGAGGAUACUGUUGUUCCGAUUCCCCCAGAACCACAGAAGGCGCCCGAGGAUGCGGAGACAGCAGAGAUGGUGAAGAGUCCCCCCUCUGAACAGCCGCCGACACCGGCGAAGGAAGGAGCAGGAGAGGAAGCGACCAUAGGAGAGGAGCCAGAAAGAACGGCUAAACAGCUGCCAGCGUUAGAAGAAGCGGACAAUGAGUCUCUGGCGGAGGAGCAGUCGGAGCACGCAGCCUCGAGCGAAGGUGUAGGAGAAGCAGAGGCAGCGAAGGAUGAGGAAGAGGGCAAGAGGACUCCGUCGGCAACUCCUUCUCUGGAGAAACUGGCAAAAGAGGGCGAGGCGCACGAGGUUCCCUCCCAGUUAGCGUUCUACGGCGAUUUGCCCACCAGUGCCUCCUUCGCGGAGGGCGAGCUGGUGGAGCCAUCUCCGUUGCAGGUGGGCGUGGAACUGGGCCGCAGGAUCAGCCGCAGCCUCUGGGAGCUGGAGCAGAGGCGCUUAAGCAGCCGGUCCUUAAUCGUCGGCGGCAGCCUGGAGAGCGACGAGGACGAGGUGGAGAAAGAGACGGCGGAGCAGAUAAAGCAGCGCGCGGCCGAGGAACAGCGGCGGCGAAUUGAACUCACGGAGCAGUAUCGGCAGCUUCUGGCCGAGCGAGGCCGCCUCCGCCAGUACAACACGAAGCUGCAGGCCAAACUGGCCGACCUCUUGAACAAAGCCAAGGGCAAGGAGCACGUCCGAGAAGAACUAGAGCAGCACAUCUCGGACCGGGAGCAGCGCUACAGCCGCUACCUGGCCGUGCUAGAAGAGUUGCGGAACCAGCAGGAGGAGGAGAUGGCUUGGUACCAGAGAGAGAUCGAUACUCUCCAGCGGUCCUGCGAUCAGAAACUGGCCAAGGUGGACAGUGAAUGGAAGACCUACCAGGCAGUCAAGAAGGAGGUAGCUGUAUAUACCAUGGGGCGGCGGCUGGGAGGCAAACAAGCUGCCAUCAAGGAAGUGGACAAGAUCCAAGCUAAAGAACAAAGCAAGGAAAAGGAGAUGACAGAGGUUCGUCUUGAAAAUAUAAAAUUGAAACACAGGAUCCAAAAACUUGAUGCAAGUCUAAAAGCUCAAGAAGAACUGGCAGAAGGCCUACACUUAAUAGACUUUGAGCAGCUGAAGAUAGAAAACCAGACCUACAAUGAGAAGAUUGAAGAGCGUAAUGAGGAAAUUCUGAAGCUCCGGAGAAAGGUCACCAAUACAGUGCAAGUCCUGUCUCAAGUAAAAGAAAAACUGCAAUUUGUGGAAGCAGAGAAUCAAGGCCAGAAGGCUCAGCUAAUGGCAGUGGAAGGUCUAGUAGCCCAAAACAGAGAUAUAUUAACAAGGACAAAGCAGGCUCGUGAUAAAUUGCGAAUAGACAAUCAGAGGCUUCAGCAGAAAUGUGGUUUACUUGGAAAUACAUUGUUAUUGAGGGACUUUGAGGAGAAAGUUGAUGCUGCUGAGAUACUGAAAGAGAGGUUGGAAACACUGAAGCGUCAUCAUGCUGGACUCUGCCUUACGUGCAAUGGAAUCAAGAAGAAAAUCAAAGGGGCAAAGUCUUUUCUGCCAUUCUAAAUGUCAUUAAUGGUAAACAGGACAAAGUGAUGUGUGGAAAAAGAUCAAAUAGAACAUACCUGUUUGUGCCUUUAUAUUCUCAAUGUGUGUAUUGUCAGGGGACAAUUGAGCCUCAAAACUAAAUAGCCACCUUGAGUGCUUAUAUAAGCAGAAAGAUGUGGUAUUACUUUAAUAAUAAUAAAUUCAUAAAUACUAUAUUAGUUUAUAACUGACAGUAAAAGUAUACAAAGCUAAACUGAUAAUUGAAUCUUGAGUGUAUUGUUUUUAAUGUAAAAAGUAGACUAUAAGGAAGUGUUGGCAACUAUUAACGAAUAAGCAUAAUAAAAUCUUAAAAGUGCUUAGCCUCCAUUUGGGACAUUUGCCUUCUUUAUGUAAUUAGGCAUAGUAAUAGAUCAUCUGUCUUCAUUUUUUCCUUCCCCUUUAAUAAUGUCAAAAUUGUCCUACUAAAUUAAAAAAUGUUGUAUAUCAACAUCUUUUGAAACGAAGUACAAGCUCAUUUAUUAUUUAGUUAUUUGGUUCUUUCAAUAAAGAUGGCUUUCCACACUCUUUAAAAAAAAAUGUCUCUAAAUGUGUAUGUGUGGGAAGAGGAAGAUGACAGAAGUGCCCAGAAAAUUGUGAUAGGGCAAAAGGCUUUGAAGUUUUUGGAGUGUAUGUGGUGGUUUCUCUUGGAGAAACAAUUCUGAAUAGCUUAGUGUUUUUCCCGGUAUAUGAGAAGGGUAUAUCUUUAAACAAUGAUAAAAUUUGUCAUCUUGUCUGCUUUGAGUUUUAGGUAAUCUGGUGCUUUGCAACUGGACUUGGUUGAGUAUUUCUUACUGAUUUUAGUGGAAUUAUGUGUAUGUUUUUAAAGAAAGUUGUAACUUUAUGUAGCUUUUCCCACCAAAUAUACUACAUAGUUUUUAACUGACCCAUUUAGUCUCAGUCUUUCAACAUAAUUAGAAUCGAAGAACCCUAUAGGACUGGUUUCAAUAUUCACAGUGUGGUUAAAUGUUAAAGAACUACUGUAAGUCUGAAACAAAAAGCAAGAGCUUCACUUAUCUAUGGCUUUUACGUGUCGGGCUUAACAAGAGUGUAUGUGUGGCAGCUGGAAGAUAU